UUUAAUAUUAUUAUUUCACUCGAUAGUCACUUUACUUCUCAUUUGCGCCUCUCUGAAUCAAUGGCUAACCUGUACGAGAAACCCGACCUUGCACAAAAGCCCGAAUCGAUCAACCCUAGCUACGAGAGCGACGAUGACGAAGAAGACCUCGAGGAAGAAGAAGACGGUGAUAUGGACGAAGACUCCGAACCGGCCCCGCCGAGGGAGAAGAUGGUAAAAUUGUUGAGCCGGAUGCAAAGCGACACCGUUCCACUGCGCGUGCACGACGUGAUUGUGAAAGGGAACACGAAGACGAAGGAGUAUUUAAUUGAAGCGGAACUAGAGGCUAUCAAGAAUGCCACGUCAAUGCAAGAGAUAAUCCAGGCGGCCAGUAUUGUUAAUUACAGGCUGCAAGAGCUCGAAUGCUUUGACUCCGUCAACAUCACGCUCGAUGCGGGCCCACCGGAGCUUCCGGGUACGGCGAAUGUGAUCAUCGAAGUUGUUGAAACAAAAAGUCCAGUGUCUGGUCAAAUCGGAACUUACACCAAAGGAGAGGGUAAAUCUUCAUCAGUUGAAGGAUCACUCAAGUACAAAAACUUUCUUGGGUAUGGUGAUUUGUGGGAUGCUUCUUUGGCAUAUGGCUUUGACCGCUCCGCAGAGGUAAGCGCUGGUGUGUAUAUCCCCAGAUUUAAAGGCCUGGUGAGUCCUCUGACUGUACGGGUUUCACUACUAUCCCAAGACUGGCUAAAAUUUUCAUCUUACAAAGAAAGAUCAUUGGGGCUGUCUCUUGGCUUGUUUUCAUCUAAGUAUCAUGACUUGGGAUACAAUCUUGCAUGGAGAACCUUGACAGAUCCAUCACAAAUGUCAUCCAGGUCCAUAAGGAGACAACUUGGACAUGAUUUUCUUUCAUCUCUAAAGUAUACAUUUAGGUUUGACAAGAGAAAUUCUCUUCUGAGGCCAACUCGGGGAUAUGCUUUUGUUUCAACCACGCAAAUUGGCGGCAUUGCACCAGAUAACAGGACCCUGAGAUUUUUGCGACAGGAGCUUGAUCUUCGAUUUGCUGUUCCAUUUGGAUUUUAUCACACUUCCCUAAAUUUUGGGGUAUCCAGUGGUGUUCUUUUCCCACUUGAAAGAGGAUUCUUGAGCAUGUCUUCAUCUGUACCUGAGAGAUUCUUUUUGGGCGGUAAUUUAUCUCCAGUUUGCCAUUUGGGAGGGCCACUGGCUUUGUGGGGGUUUAAAACUAGGGGACUGGGCCCUGCAGAGCCCAGAAGGCAAAUGACAGGAAAUUCUUCUGAUGAGAAUGCAGAUCCUGCUGAAAGGGAUUUUCUUGGAGGAGACCUAGCUGUUUCUGCUUUUGCAGAUCUUUCUUUUGAUCUUCCUUUGAGGUGGUUUAGAGAAAAAGGAAUUCAUGGACAUUUGUUUGCAUGUGCUGGAAGUGUUGCCAAGUUAACAGAGAACGAGUACCGGAAUUUCUCUUUGCCAAAGUUUUUGGAGUCUUUUCGAAGCUCUUUAGGUGGUGGCAUUGUUUUCCCAACAAAUCUAUUCCGCCUAGAGGUUAACUAUUGCUACAUACUGAAAAAAUUUGAUCAUGACCAUGGUAAAAGUGGCAUUCAGAUAAGCAUAUCUGCUCCAUCCUAGAAUUCGGGAUUACUUGUAUUGAUAUCUAAUACCCGGCAACCGGUAGAGGUGACAAACAAAACCUGUCAUUUCAGGUAAUCAAGAUUCUCUGUAGUUUGGCUGUUUGAUGAUUGCGCAUCUUGCUGGAUACCUGAGUUUAGAGCAAGAAUUGUUAUUGUUUUUUCCAUUGUAAUUCAUAUCUGGGCAGGAACUUCAGAAAACAUGAUGUUUUAUGAUGCAUAAGGGUAGACGGAAAUAAUUUUGGUAUCUAAGCUUUAGAUGCAUGUAUUGGCCUUUUUUCUUUCAAGGUGUCUGACGAAACUUCUGAGGGGUCUAAUGUUGAAACUUACAUUUUAGACAACCAAACCUUUUAUUGGUAUCACGGGAAAAUGCUCUCAACAAUAAAUUUCAAUAUUAUUUCUUUCA